UCUAAUGCCAUUACUCAAUUCCAUUAGUUUGUAAAAUACAGAUUCUGGGGCCAAAAGAUUGCGGAUGAGGGAUGGGCGUCUAUCUUCAUACUCCUAAACCCCAGGGUUUGGACGCGCGGUAAGAGACCCCUUCUCUCUAGGACACCGCCUCGAAAAGAGAAAGGCGCUGUCCCCCGGACCGCACCCUCAGGAUGUGGCCGUUCUAGUGCCCGCUCAGGUCGCCCCCUCCGGCCGGGCUGCGGGAGCGCGCGAGUGCUCCGGGCCCCGCGGGCGGUCAGCGCCGACCCGGCACGCCCCUCCCGCGUGUUGAAAUUCAAACGAGGCGAACUCCCUCCGCGCGGUGCUGCACCGGCAGAGAGGUCGAGGUAGGGGAGAGUUGGCCUGGGCCGCCUUGCAGGCCCAGGUAAAUCCGAAAUUCCCGGGGCGGGGUCAAACCCGCGGCCAACGGGAGCGGUGGAGACUUAAAGAGCUCCUAUCCCCGCUUCUAACCCCAGGAUGGCUACCGAGCAGUGGUUCGUGGGGCCGCUCCCCCGGGGCCCUGGGGAAACGCGGCCACCAGACGACUUGGAAUCUGGAGCACAGCUCUGUGAAGGAGACCCCUCGUGGUCGAGGCCCCCUGGCCAACCUGGGGACCCACCCAAGGCGGAGCCAGAAGAUGUCCAGGAGCAGCUGCUGGAGGCCUCCCCCUCUACUCCUUCCCCUGAGCCUAUGGCCCCAGGCCGGGGGCCCGCACCUCCUCGCCUACCCUUGGACACCAUGUUCAGACCCAUCACGGAACAGCUAUGCUACCUGCUCAAAAAGGCGGAUGACUUCCAAAGCUACUUAAUCUACAGCAGGGACCAAGUGCAGAAGGAACAGCUGGCGAAGGCCAUGCCCACCUUCUUAAAGAUGUGUGAGCCCUACUUCCUGUACCUGGAGGCAGCUGCACGGAGCGUGCCCCCCAUCUAUGGAGCUCUGCAGGAGCUGGUCCGAAAGGGGCUGUUAGAGAUCUCUCAACAGCUGACCCUGCGUCUGGAACAGCUGGUGCUCAUGUAUGCCUCCUUUGGGUUUGUGGACCUGGAGGAAACUGACCCUCUAAGCAUCUCCUGUUUCUUCUGCGGGAGGUUCUCCAUCAGUCCUUUCCACGAGGUGUCCAUCUUCAGAUACUGUGCCCCUGCUGCCUACACCGCCAGCCGCUUCCCCCGGUACCUCUAUAAGAAAAUGCGCUGGAACCUGGAAACCAACUCAGAGCCUGGAGGCCAGGAGCAAGGUUCCCAUGUGGAUUACUACUUCCUGUGCUAUCGAGAUACAUGGGAAGACACAGGCAAGAGUCCGGCCAACUCAUGCUCCCAGAUUCAGAAGCUGUGGUCGAUCGGUCGAUGGGUUCCCCUAGGACCAGCGGAGGAUGACCUUUAUUCCUGGAUUUUGUGCCCGCAGCCGCCUGGGGACUACCAGCAGCUGCUGACCAUCGGCUUCGAGGAGCCGUCACACAUGCUGGCCACCGACCUGCUGGUGCAGAUCCUCACGGGCCAGGCUGGCCCAGCCCGGCCCCCGAGCGCGGCCGGGCCCGCGGCGUGGGCUACGCAGGGGUCUUGAACCUGGAGAGUGUGAGAGCUGGAGCUUGACAGUUCCAAACUCCAGAAGAGGGGGUAGGGGAGGGGUUCAGUCGUUCUCCAAGUACAGCUCGGCCUCACCUUCCAAAGGGCCAGGCCGAGCUGGCCCGUCCACAUCGGGCCGGGCCCGGCCGGGCCGCGGAGCCCUGCGUGCGGACACACCAGUUUUGUGUUAAAUAAAAAAGGUCACAGACUCAGCGUCCUCUCUGA